GUAGGGAUCGAGACUACAUAGGAUUUGCCACUCUUCCUGACCAAGUACAUCGAAAAUCCGUGAAAAGAGGUUUUGAUUUCACGCUUAUGGUCGUUGGUGAAUCAGGACUUGGAAAAUCCACGUUGAUAAACAGCCUUUUCCUCGAAGACCUCUAUAAAAAUAGAAAAAUUCCAGAUGUCAGCGAACGAAUUCAGAAAACUACCAGUAUCGAACGGAAGACUAUGGAAAUCGAAGAAAGGGGUGUUAAAUUGAGAUUGACUGUUAUCGAUACGCCAGGAUUUGGAGAUGCCGUGAACUGCGAAGAUAGCUGGAAAGUGUGCAUCAACUACAUCGAUGAGCAGUUUAGGCAGUACUUUACCGAUGAGAGCGGACUCAACAGAAGAAAUAUUCAAGACAAUAGGGUACACUGUUGCCUAUACUUUGUACCACCAUGGGGACACAGUUUGAGGCAAAUGGACCUUGAGUUAAUGAAGAGACUGCACCGUAAAGUUAAUAUUGUAGUAGUAAUAGCAAAAGCGGAUACAUUAACCACUACUGAAGUUGCCAAAUUGAAGAAAAACAUCCUCAACGAUAUAAGAGAUAACGAUAUUCAGAUGUAUGAAUUUCCUGAAUGUGACAGCGAUGAGGAUGAAGAAUUCAAACAGCAAGAUAGGGAGUUGAAAGCAAGCAUUCCUUUUGCUGUAGUUGGCAGCAACACAACUCUCGAAAUUGCUGGAAAAAAAAUUCGUGGAAGACAAUAUCCUUGGGGCGUAGUCGAUGUGGAAAAUCCUAAGCACAGCGACUUCAAUAAACUGCGAACCAUGCUGAUUUCCACACAUAUGCAAGAUUUGAAGGACGUUACUGAAGACGUGCAUUAUGAGAACUUCCGAGCACAAUGUAUAUCACAAAUCUCACAACACGCCAGAGAACGAGGAAAACUCAAGCGAGACUCGGCUCCAUACGAGUCUGACGUCUCAGAAACGGAUAGACUCCUAAUACAGAAAGAUGAAGAGGUAAUUAAUUAUCUUGUUUGUAAUUAUGUACUCUGAACUGGGAUCGUGAUU